AACCCAGGAGGCGGAGCUUGAAGUGAGCCCAGAUUGUGCCACUGCACUCCAGCCUGGGCGACAGAGCGAGACUCCGUCUCAAAAAAAAAAAAAAAAAAAAAAAAAAAAAAAAAAAAAGGUAAAGUAAGGCUUGCUCACUCAUGGAAGUUGUUGCGUGGUCGGACUCAUGUUGUGCCAUGCUAGUGUGGAUAUAACUAAAGAACAGGUUGAAUGAGGUUGGGAUAUUGCAUAUAUAUUUGAACAGAGGGGAUGAGUGAACAAAACUAAAAUGACCGUGCAUGUGAUUUUGGCUGUUUAGAGGGGCCAAUGAGACCAGUAUGAAGCUUAUGGAUUCUGAGACUCCAGGAUUAAUGGUCAAAAUAAAUGUGAUUAACAAUUCAUUUAUUAAGAACAAAGCAUCAUUUUGCAUUAAGCGUCACAGGUUACUGCUACAUCUCUCCAUCAGAUAUAGUGAAUUCUAAUUUCCAUGUCUUGGCUGUUUUACCUGGGUAGCAUUCCUCAACUUGCUCUUCCCAGAGAAUGUAAAGCUAGAAUAAUUGUUACUGUUUUAUGAGUUAAACUUUAAUUAAAUUGUAUCAACAACUUUGUUUUAAUUGCUUCUGAGGGACUUCGUCCCAAAAGUACUAGAAAGUUUUAAAAUUCUGUCCAAUCCACACUGUGAGGUUUAAAUUACUUUUGGGAUUAGAAGCAUCCUCAAAGCAGCAAACACUUUGAGUUGCUUUGGUGCUUCAUUGGCUGGUCUUUUGAAGAAUCCUCUGCUAGUGAAAAGACUGCCAAGAGCCCCAGCUUUCAUCAUUACUAGAACUAGUUUCUAUUUUGCCAAUGAUUAAUUGGCUUUUACAAUAGCAAUGGCAGCUACUUGAUUUUAAUGAGAACUGAGAAGCAGAUAGUUCUUUUAGUUAUCUUUGUGAGAUUAUUGAGAUGGAAGUUAUGAGGCUAGCAAUCUGAUUUUAAAAAGUAGGACUUCUGUUUUUGGCAUUUAAAUAUAGAAAUACUCCAUAUUACAUCAAAUAAGGAUACAAAUAAUUAUAGCAAAUUGCUAUGUUUAAGAGCUUUUUGAGUGACCUACCUCUCAUUAUCAUGGGUAUUUCCAAAUAUGCAGUGAGAGGAAGAUCAGCAGAACAGCUGUUCGAGCAGAGGAAGCUGACUUCUAUGCAGGAAGAAGGCAAUAUGUAUUUUCUCAUACUUAGAGGUAAAAAAGCAAAUCCCUCGUUACUGAAAUUCUUUAAUUUAUACAUUUAUUUAUGGUUUGAUUAUAGAUUGAGAAAUGUACACUAGAGUUUUUCUGAGGUCAACUUUUUGUCCAUCGUGUAUAUCAGGCAGAACAAUAGGGUGACCUAGAAAGAUUUCCUAAUCUGUAUUGAAAAAGACAAACAAGAAUAAUUUUAUCUCAAUUUUUUCCUUUACUAUUUUAUAAGUAAUACUUCUUCUCUAGUCAAUAUUCUUAGGAGGAUAGUUCAGGUAUUCAUAUUUGUCCUAAAUUAGGAAUAACCAAAAGUCCUUUUUCCUAAAAAUGUCUUUUCUAUUUAUUCUUUUAGCCCACAAGACUCUUCUACAAUUAAGAUUAAAUUACCAUUGAAGCAGAACUUUCACAUAUAACUUUGUUUUAGUAACUGAAGAACAGCAAUUUUGUUAGGUAUAACAUAGUGUGAAGAAAAAUGUUUGGUUACAGAUAAUAAUGUUGGUUAAAAUGGUCAGAUAUCUGCUGGCUAGUAAUAUUUCAUACAUUUUCUAUUUGUUCUGGAUUAUUUGGUCAAAAUAUGGUAACAUUGUAUUAAAAUAAUUUAAAUUUAUAAUGCAAAUGAGAUUCAUAAUUCUAACUCAGUUGCAUGUGUUUUUAAUCUAUUCUUUAACAAGAAUAUUCUUUUUGAGAGCUGGGGACUCCUUCAUGAAGUCUGAACGUCUAACUGAUCUUAACUUAGAGGGUCGUAACAUAUUCUUGUGCUAUUUAUAUAUCCAAUCACAGGUCUUUAUUACCCAUAGGGAAGCCAUUCAAGAAUGCAAAUGAUUCUUACAGACACUGCUGUAAAAGAUCCACACACAUUCCAGCCACUACAGACUUCCUGUUGGUGAAAGAAAAUAUUAGCAUGGGAAACUCUAAUCAGUCUUUCGUGACAGAGUUUGUCCUGCUGGGGCUUUCUGGCUACCCAGAGCUAGAGGCCAUUUACUUUGUGCUGGUCCUAUGUAUGUAUUUGGUGAUCCUGUUGGGAAAUGGAGUCAUCAUCAUUGUGAGUGUUUAUGACACCCACUUGCACACCCCCAUGUACUUUUUCCUCAGUAACUUAUCAUUCUUGGACAUCUGCUACACUAGUUCAUCUAUUCCACUAUUUCUCAGCAGCUUCUUAACGUCAAAGAAAACUAUUUCCUUCUCUGGGUGUGGAGUGCAAAUGUUUCUCUCUUUUGCUAUGGGAGCAACAGAGUGUGUCCUUCUAAGUAUGAUGGCGUUCGACCGCUAUGUGGCCAUCUGUAACCCUCUACGAUACCCUAUCAUCAUGAGCAAGGCUUCAUACAUGUCCAUGGCUGCUGGGUCCUGGAUUGGAGGAGGCACCAAUUCUGUGUUGCAAACCUCCCUUGCAAUGCGGCUUCCUUUCUGUGGAGAUAACGUCAUUAAUCAUUUUACUUGUGAAAUCUUGGCUGUCUUAAAAUUGGCCUGUGUUAAUAUCUCCAUAAAUAUUAUUAGCAUGGUUGUUGCUAGUAUGAUUUUUCUUGUAGGGCCAGUACUUUUUAUUUUUGUUACAUAUGGUUUUAUUCUCUCCACCAUCCUGAGAAUUCCUUCUGCAGAAGGAAGGCACAAAGCCUUCUCCACCUGCUCUGCCCACCUAACAGUGGUGAUUAUAUUCUACGGAACCAUCCUUUUCAUGUAUGCAAAGCCCAAGGCUAAAGACUCUUCUGGUGCAGACAAAGAACAAGUCACAGACAAAAUCAUCUCCCUGUUCUAUGGAGUGGUGACACCUAUGCUUAAUCCUCUCAUCUAUAGUUUGAGGAACAAAGACGUGAAGGCAGCUGUGAAGAGUAUACUGUGUCAAAAAUGCUUCUUGGAAGGAAUUUAAAUGCUUCUUUAUUUAUUUUUAAAAGUAUUUUACUCUGAAUGUAGGGCUAGCUCUUACCCGGAGGUUCCAAAAUAAAUAUGAGGGUUGAUGAUUCCACGAAUUCCCGAAAUUCUCAUUUUUCUUUUCCUAAUAUUUAAAAGAAAGAGGGAAAUCCAGGACUGAGUUACCUUUUCUCUUCAUGACAGAGUUAAGGAAAAGGACAGAAACUUAUGGGUAAAAGGAUUCUCAUCCAAACCACCUUCCUUCUCAUGGCUAACAGAGUUUAGUUUAUUCAUUGAAUGGUAAAUUCUAUAAUCUAAGAGAAAGUACCAUUUUACCAACUUAAUCUUUUAUCCCCUAUCUACACCAUUCUUGGGAAGAUCAAGUAGAAAGUGUCUUGCUAAAAAUCAGAAUGCUAUAUGAUUUCAACAGUUAAUAAUUCAGAAUGAAGUAGAUUUGAUCAUGUAGAAGUAAAGGGGGAACACUGUAAGGUAUUAGGUACCUAGCCUGUAUAUAUGUAAUAGAGGGAGAAAUGGAAAAAUGAAGCUAUUUUUCCUAGGGAUGAUUUCCUUGUGGCUGCAAACUGGCAAGCCAUCUUUUGUGCAGAGGUGUCUAAGGCAAUGUGAGACUUUGUGCAGAUAACCCAGAUGAUGGGGAAAUAUGGCCUGCCUUGUGUUUCAAUAGAUGAGCAAUGAUGUCUUUGAGUGAAAAACAUUACUGUUAAAUGAUUCAAAAAAUUUACUUUAUUUCUACAUAACUUUAUAGCAUAGUUCUCUGAGAACGCAGUGAUAAUGGGUUUACUGUUGUAAGAAUUAGGUAUUUUUGCAAUUACAUGAAUUUCCUGUGGAAUAUGAGCAUUCCAUUCAUUCAUUCAGUCAUUUAUUACUCAUUUACUUAUUCAAGCAACCAGUAUUUACUGAAUACCUAUUUUUGUCUCAGGCAUUGUGCUAAGUAUUGGUGAUAUAAAAAAUAUAAGACAAUCUGGAAAUGAAAAUGAAGACAUGGUUAGGGAGCACAGUCUUGUGGAAUACAGAUUGACGCAUACAUUGGAGACAAAAAUAUUAAAGAAUACUUAUUUAUGGCUUUUCCUUCUCUCCUACCUUCUAAGCUGGACUCUUUGUUGGGUCUUUGUUGGACUGAGCAGAAUAAUGGUUGGAUUUUUAAUAAUUUAAAUAAGCUGAUUGUCAUAUGAAAGGGCUUGAACCAUCUCUAGAAAAGAAAUAACAUAGUGAGAAAGAACCCAGUGCAUACUGGAGAUUUUAAAGAUAGAAGGGAAGAUAUUUACAUUGAUACAGCAAAAAUAGGAUUAGAGGAAAAGGAAAAAUUAGCUACAUGGGAUUUUGGGAAAGCUUUGAUGCUGGUUUUAUGUGACCUUACCUCAGUGUGUCUUGAUAAUCUCAAUAAAUAUGUACAACGUUCUUUAAGACAUUCGGUUAUGGAUUCAGUUUCUUUUGCAGUAUCACCAUGCUGAGACUGGCCAUAGGAUGAGGGUAACUUAAGUGGGUCACAGACUUAGGUGGGUCACAAUUACAAUGCAGUAUGUUAAAUGCUUUUAUAGAAGAAUAUAUGUAAAUCCCUUGAAGGGGAAGUCCCAGGAAGGGAAAGGCACUUCUGCUUGGAUAAACUAGGAAGAGCAGUUCUCCUACUGGUAUUGUAAGCAAGAAUUUUCUAGACAGAUGAAACAGUGCCAAGAUGUGGAAUACUAAGAGUUUGGAAUGGUUGGAACUUGGGUUUUACUGUUGGGGCAGUGACAGAGAAGACUGGAAAGGUAGUUUGGAGCCAAACUCUCAGGGCUUCAGAUGCUAAUCUAAGUCAAUACCUCUAUAGGUUUGAGGUGAUGAUCCUCUGUUCUCUGGAGUCCAGGAGGCUGAAUCAGGGCUACCACAUACAUGAGCAAAUUCUGAGAAGUCAGAUCUAUGAUACCUCCAACCUCCUACCGGUCCCUACUUUUGUCUGUUUUAUAUUCCCUGAGGUUCCACAUAAUAUUUUAUUUGGAAAAUGAGUAUUCUGUUGUGAGGAAGUUUUUAAAUCACUGCAGUGACAACAGAAUCUACAAACAGUUAUAAGAAAGAAACUGAUGUUUUUGGGUUGGUGCUUUAGAAAGCUCACUUUUGCACUGGGGAUAAUAAAGUUGUAAAUCUCUUGCCGAUAAAUCCUCAGUCAGGCCUGUUUUACAUUCCUUCAUCAGCCUCUAGCACUUACCUUGUCUUAUUUUUUAUAGGCUUCAGGGUACUGAGUACCUAUCCAAUUUCUUAGAGUUUCCAUUCUAUUCUUGACUGUUUGCAAAUAGACUUGAAUUUCUCAAAUAACUUUCCUGGCCCUUUGGUUUAAAAUUUUUACUUUAAUUGAGGAAACAGUGAAGAAACAACAAAAUAACAUGAAUGAGAGCAUUACACAGAUUUAGGAUCCACACAUAUUCCUGCCCUUAUUAGAGAAAAACAUAGUAUCCUAGACAUUGUGAAUGUCAUAUUGAAGCCAUCCUAAUAAAAUUGAUAAAACUAAAUUGCUAGGUUUAACAAAAGCAUAAGCUUUAAGUAGAAACAUAGCAAAGCAUUAACCAGACUGCUCUAUAGCCCACUUCUGUACAGCUGAUUACUACUUAAAAGUCACAUAGCCCCUGCCGUAAGGUCCUAACUUCUGUAGAUAACAUCUUUAAUGUUAAGAAAUGUUAAGUUUUCCAUUUUGAGAUAUUUUCCAGAUCCUGCAUUCCAAUGGGUCCAUCGAUGCCAGCCAGUCUGAAGACCCUCUCUGAGGAAGUAAUUCAGUCCCAAAAUGUAGUUUUUACAUCUUUAUUAAAGAUUGCAUUCCACACACCCUAAGCAAUUAGCUCCUCAGCCCCCUAUUUGCCAAAAUUCCCUAAAAAUUCUAGGCCAAAACUCCUUGGUGAGGUGGAUUUAAAGUUCCUUUCCACUUUCUUAUUUGGCUACCAUACAAUCAUUAUACUCUUUCUCUGCUGCAACUCCCACUGUUUCGGUGCAUUGGUCUGUUACCCAUAUGACAGGCAAACCUGGUUGUCAUAGAACAAUAUUGUGGAGGCUCUCAAUACCAUUACAUUCCUCUAAAUGGUUUUGAUGUUUUUGCUUUAGGGGCAAUCAGGUUGGACUCCAACUACAAACUUGAUCUUUUUGUUACCAAUACACAUCUCUGUUCAAGAUCUCUAUCUCUAUCUGUAUAUCUAUAUUUAUGUUUUUACAGUCAGCCCUCCAUGCUUAUGGGUUUCACAUAACUUGGAUUCAACAAAUUUGGAUCAAAAAUAUUCAGGCAAAAGCCAAUAGAAAUAACAAUAUAAUAUGAAUUAAAAAUACAGCUUAACAGGUAUUUACAUAGCAUUUACGUAGUAGUAGGUAUUAUAAGUAACCUAGAGAUGAUUCAAAGUAUAUGAGAAAAUGAGUGUGGAUUCUGUGCAAAUACUUUGCCAUUUUAUAUAAGGAACUUGAACAUCCAUGGAUUUGGGUAUCCAUGGGAGUCCUGGAAUCCAUCCCUCAUAGAUACCAAGGGAUCCCUGUAUAUAUACAUAUUGGUAUUUAGCUGGAUUGUGCCUUUAUGGUGCAAGGGUCAGUCAGAGAACUGGGGCAAGUUUUUACACAGAAUUUGAUGUUUCCUCUGCUGGGACUCUGCUUUCUGGAAUUCCUCCCUUACUUUAUGGUGGCUGUUUCUCCAGAAUUCUGCUGGUUUGUCCAUAAAGAGCCAUUUUAUUAUCAGAAUUUCCAAACCUAUGCUGUGCCUAGUCAGUCUAUAGCCAUACAAAUGUGAAACUCACACCAAAAUGUUACUUCUUCUAAGUGAUACUCUUAAAAAAUUUUGCAGAGAGUUUAUAGUUGUCAUUUCUGAGGUGCUUGAGUCUGAUAGGAGCUUAUUCAGCCAAAGUGACAGCAACAGAAAUCGGAAGUCCUCCCCUUUACAUUUUAUGACUAGAGUGUACCUCCCUCUUUCUCUGUGUUGGCUUCCAUGCUGAUCCGACCUAUAUGAUUUCCUAAUACACCUCAAAAUCAAAGUAGACUGAAAUUUCCAAUGGAGAAUAUGAGACAAUGAAUAAAAAAUUUGAAAUCCCCCUGAGGCCAGAGGUGAGCAUAUCAUAAGUGUUAAAUAGCAUGGAAUAAUUAAAUAGAUUUGAGUGUUUUAUUAGCCCAUUAAAGGUUAAAUGAGGCAUUAUGUGAAAGCAGAUGGCUCAUGGGAGGGUCUCGUUAUAUUUUAUUUUCAUCCUCUAAAUAAAAAUCUAGCCUUUUAGUCUCUCCACCCUUAGUUCACCUGUAGCCCAUUCCUUCCUUGAGCAGGCAAAAUGAAAACUGACCCUCAGAGUUCAUCUCCUUUAGCAGUCCUCUUUGAUCACUUCCUGCUAAUGCUCCCUCCUCUCUGUGCCUUAUUCAAACCACUCAGGAAUUUAUGAUUAACUACUUUAUUUCCAGAACUCAGAGGACAAAUGAGAAAGA